GCACAUCACAGUACAAAAGCAUCCCUAUAGGGGGUACAGGAAUUUGCAUUACUGCUACUCCUAAAAAGGCGGGAAAGAAUUAGCCAAUGAGCAGAGAGGGAAAGAGUAAGUCAAAGUUGGUUGAAGUACAGAGAGGGAGAAAGAGUACUAAAGAUAAAGUUUGCAGUUAUAAUCUGAAAUAUUUUAUACAUUAUAUUCAAAUGCUACAUGUGCUGAAAUGAAAUAAAACAUAGUAUUCUUUUAACUAGGUUUUCUUUUAGAGAAACAUUACACAAGGAAAAUCCAAUUUACAACAUCAUGAUAGCCAACACUCCAUAACUGAGAUUAUUGAUUUUGAAAUAACCUGUAAUAUUACAUUCUUUUAAUAUUUACAGGUAUUAGAUUUAACAAAAUACUUGCACCUAAACAGACAAGCUGUAUAAUAAAAUUAUGCUAUAUAAAUAAAUAUUUAUAAUAUCUAUGAACCAGUUAUACUGCAUGAUCAUACCAUCUGAUAUGUAUGUUUAAUGAUCAAUAUAUGUAGGUCCACACCUUUCAGCUUAUGAAUGAUAAGUUUCUAUCAUCAGCCUCUUCACAUCACCUAGUAGACGCUUUAUGCUCCCUACCUAACCUGACUAACCUGACACUGAGUGGAGUUUGGGACAAGGAGUUCUAUUCUCAUCUGAAUAAGAAGGCUUCAGCAUUGAAGGUCCAUACUCUUGAGAUUGAUAGUUAUAAGCCUCUAUCAUCAGCCUCUUCACAUCACCUAGUAGAAGCUUUAUGCUUCCUACCUAACCUGACUAACCUGACACUACAUGGAGUUUAUCACAAGGAGUUCUAUUUUCAUCUGAAUAAGAAGGCUUCAACCUUGAAGGUCCAUACUCUUAAGAUUGAGAUUGAAAAGCCUCUAUCAUCAGCCUCUUCACAUCACCUAGUUGAAGCUUUAUGCUCCCUACCUAACCUGACUAACCUGAUGCUACAAGGAGUUUUGGACCAGGAGUUCAAUUCUCAUCUGAAUGAGAAGGCUUCAACCUUGAAGGUCCAUACUCUUGAGAUUGAGAUUGAUGAGCCUCUAUCAUCAGCCUCUUCACAUCACCUAGUAGAAGCUUUAUGCUCCCUCCCUAACCUGACUAACCUGACACUGAGAGGAGUUUGUGACGAGGAGGAGUUCUAUUCUCAUCUGAAUGAGAAGGCUUCAACCUUGAAGGUAUGCUUGCUUCUACUUUAUACUCAUAACAUGUUUGAAAAUAUGGAAUAAUGAAAAGUGUUUAUUUGAUUUUAUAGUGUUAAAUAUGUUAGAGAACAUAAUUUUUUUAUACUAUUUAGAUGUAUUGUUUAGGAGUGCAUAAGAAAGGAGACUAGAUGAGUAAAUGUUUUGGGUCAUUCCAUGCCAAUUCACCCAGUGAAUGUGCAAUUUUGCACCCGACCCUCUCGGAAUUCUUUGUAAAUUGGUACACAUAAAAUUCACCAUGGCCCAUGCACAAAACAAAAAAAAUUAGUCCAAUCGGUCCGUCAGUUCUCGCACUACGGCCCGCCCUUUUCUCCUUGUUUUGACAAAAAUGGGCGUGACCUUCAACUUUCAAUGGCCACUGCGUCGUAACGUGUUGACCAAUUUUCAUGAAACUGGUACCAUUUAUUAGGAAACUCAGAGAGGAAUCCAAAACAUGCAUCAAAUAAUGUAUUGGAGCGAUUUAUAAGGUCGUGACCUUUGACCUUUACUUUGACCUUGAGUUUGACCCCCGGACAAAUAAUUUUUUAACUCGAUUUUCGUGUAUGUUAAUUAUUAGUAUAAAAUUGACAAAAUAUGUUAAAAUCAAUGAUGAUAUUUUAUUUCUUCACCUUUUAAAACUCUUCCAAAGAUACCAUGAAAUUUCACUCUAGUCCUACAUACUGAUAUUCAUGUUAGUAAAGUGUUAACCAGUUACAUGAUUUCUUUCAAUCUUAAGUUGCAGUAUGCAUGCACAUAAAAAGAAAUUAAGCUCAUCAGUUCACAAAUGAAACAUUACACAUUUAUGCUCAUGAAUAGGUAUCUGUUUAGGCAGUUUUAUGUUCACUUCAAAUGCAUUAUUAAUUUGGAUUAAUUCAAAUUAUUAUCAUGCUCUUGAGUUAUUUAUUUGGUUACUUUUUGCCAUGAUAUAAAAAAGACAAAAGGAGAGGAAGAAAAUUUAAAAAGUCC